ACUUUAUAGUUGCAGUUUUGCCCUCUGUUGCAUAUUUCAUAUUAUACUCGUGAAACAUGGACCUUUUAGGAUCAAUUCUUGGUAAAAUGGAUGCUCCUCCUAUGACAGCUGUUGAUAAAGAAGCUCUCAAAAAGGCUAAAGAGGCAAAAGCAAAAGCUGAUAAGCUCAAAGCAAAGGAAAAACAAAAGUGGUCAACAUUUAGGACUGAGACUGAAGCACAAAUAUCUGAAUUUGUUAAAGACACAAAUCUAAAGCACAAAAAAUUUGAAGCAAUGGAUAAAGUUGCAAGAAGUAUUGUGCAUGAUGUGGCUGAGGUAGCUGGAUUGACUUCAUUUUCUUUUGGUGAAGAAAAUGUUGAUAGAUAUCUAAUGAUUUGGAAAAAGGAGUUUGCACCAUCAGAUGCAGAGUUGGAGGCAAGAAGAAAUGGAGAGGAAUGGGAUGAAGAAAAGGAGCAGCAACAUGCAGAAAAUUUGAAAAAAAAGAACAAAGAUGAGGUAGAGACUGAGGUUUCAAAAAAGACAAGAAGAAAAAAACAGAAUAGUGAACCAGAAAAACUUUUAGACAAAUAUGCAAAAAUUAUAGGAAAUGAUAGUGGAAUCAAGGCAGCAAGAGCUACAACAACAAAUGCUGCAUACGGAAUGGUUCCAAGCAAAAACAAGGCAGAUAAAAGAUCAAUAGAAGAAACCAUGAACGCUCUCCGUGAAAAGAAAAAGCAAAAAUUACAAAAUGAGCCUACUUCAGGUGAUUGACGAAACGGUGAAACUAAGUGCUAAUCAAACAUCAAUAAAAAGGCAAACAUCACUUGUUUCUAAUGCCAUCAUUUAUAUUGAGUGCUUAUAUGAAACAUUAAAUUCAGUGACAAGUGACCAGUGACAAGUGACAGCAAAAUGGAGACAAAUUGUGUUGUUGACAAUGAAACAGCGUCAAAAGUCCCCAUGAAGGACAUGUUGUUGUCAUAUUCUUACGAUUUUAACACCUUGAAAGUUUUUGCGUAUAAUAAUGAAUGACAAUCAAAACCUUUUAGAUCGGUUAAGAAAAAAUUUGAAAGAAAUUCUUAACUAUUAGAUUUCAAUACAAAAGUUAGCUUAUGCCAACCAUUUUCUUAGGUAUUUGUAAAUUUAUACAUUUAGACAGCCUCUUGUAAACAGAUGUUACUAACUUUAUAAAUACAUUAUAUUCACUGUUUCUUUUCCGAUUUCAUUUUCUUCAAAUUCCUACAACAUAAAAAUUCAUUUUCCAAACUACACUGGGCAAACCCAAAAACAAAAGUGAAGAUUAUUCACAAUACAAUUUCCUUGUGACCUUGCUUGCAAAGUCUCUUUUGACGGUAUUUGUUCUUUUCAUGAAAAUUGAUUGUAUGAGAAACAGUUUUAUCAUAACUUGCAUCAGAUAUUACAAAGUCUCCCCUGUUCGGUUGGUACUCUGUGGAUGAUCUACUAGCUUACAAAAAGUAGCAGAGGUGUAACAGUGGGUGUCAAGGAGUCAAAUUAUCCAAAUUUUUCUUCAGGUGAUUUCUUAUAGGCAUUGAGUCAUGGUAAAAAGGCUUUCUUUAUAGGGGGUGAUAACUGUAGUUUCAUGUGAUAUAAGCAACUGUUGUUUAGAACUUGCUAUUGAUAGAAGCUGUUUUGUGAAUCAGUAUGAGAUGAUCAAAUAUUGCAAUCAUUGUCAUGCCAACCAAUAGUGUUGCAGCACAAAAAUUGUGACUCAGCUGUUUGGGCAUACCUUCUUCUUUUAUCAUGACUCAAUGCCUUUAAUGCAAGUAAGCAUUGCUUUAAUCUAAAUUUACUUUUCAUGACUCUCUACACUCCAAUCUGGAAGAUCAAAAGGCUGAUCCUGAAAAUGAAAAUCACUUUACCUGGUAAAUUUUCAGCUAGAAUAUGAUGAUGGCAUUUCCUGGCAUUUAUUUGUAUAUUGAUUGUUAAAUUGUC